UGCUGUCCCGCUGUCACUGUCAUUACCGCAUGUUGUUUCUCUGACUUGAACGAGAAAGCGAUUCUGUUUUGUUUUCUUUCAUAAAAAUAUUACAAAAUGGCAAAAGCCAGCGAAUCUGCAGUGAAGAAUAUUGGAAAAGUCCUCAACGAUCCGUCGAGGCCUAUGAAGGAGAGAUUCCGUGCUUUAUUCACGCUGCGGAACUUGGGAGGCGAGGCCGCUAUCGAGUGUAUCAGUCAAUGUUUUGUCGACGAAUCUGUGCUGUUGAAGCAUGAAUUAGCCUACUGCUUGGGUCAGAUGCAGGAUGAACGGGCGAUCCCGGUGCUCAGGAGCGUGCUGGAAGACAAAACCCAGGAUCCCAUCGUACGCCAUGAGGCAGGUGAAGCAUUAGGAGCUAUCGGGGACCCGAAACUCCGAGAACUUCUAGAAAAGUAUCAGAAUGACCCCGCAAUUGAAGUGGCAGAGACCUGUCAAAUUGCAUUACAGAGGUUGAACUGGGUUGCCAAUGAAGCCACUAAGGAGGCCAAUCUAUCAAAGAGUUUGUUUACAUCCAUAGACCCAGCACCGCCGAGCAGUGAGAGUGAUGUAGAGAACUUGAAGAACACUCUUAUUGAUGAGACAAAGACGUUGUUUGAGAGGUACAGAGCUAUGUUUAGUUUGAGAAACUUGGGUACUACUGAAAGCAUCAACGCUUUGGGUGAAGGUUUCAAAGCAUCCAGUGCCCUAUUCAGACAUGAGGUGGCAUUUGUCUUUGGUCAGAUGCAGGACGAGCGCAGUGUGCCCUUCCUGACAAAGACUCUAGAAGACACAAAUGAACAUGAGAUGGUGAGGCACGAGGCUGCUGAGGCUCUCGGCUCUAUUGCCACCAAAGAAUGCACUGAGGUUUUGCAGAGGUACUUAAAGGACCCUCGCCCAGUUGUUCGUGAAAGCUGUGAAGUGGCAUUGGACAUGUCUGAAUAUGAGAACAGUCCGGAGUUCCAAUAUGCUAACACCUUGCUUACCGUUGAAGGCUGAUACUUGUCUAUUAAUUGUUAGUUUAUUUUUUUCACUUGAUAUACAACAUUGUUGGAACCUAAAAUUCAAAGAAUUAUGUUGACAGUGUUUUGAUAUUGUGGCGAAUAUUUAGCCCAGUGGUAAAUUUUAUACAGACCAGACAAACUAGAUGAUUAUUAUAUUAUUUUAAUUUUGCAUUUUUGUUUGUUGGAUGGCGAAUUCUGAUUAUCAUACAAUAUUUAUUAUAAUGCCAGUAUUUUUGUAAAUAAAUUCUAGUUUUUGAUA